AUGCGUUCAUUGAUGCAGGCUGGAAUAUAUCUGCUUGGUGAGCCGCGACUGAAUUUUUUGAGCCGUGGUUUUCCCUGCGGGGGCUACAUCCUGACGGGGGUCUCCAACCCGCCCGCCCUUGAGAACUACCGGCACCGCAACCUGCUGCAGCUCAGCGACGCCCUGCACGAGGUUCUCGAGCUGAACCAGUUCCGGCGGCUGGUUCGCCGGUACCCGCACGAGCCUGAACCAUACCACGUGAUCACCAACCAGCGCUACCAUCCUGAACAAUACCGGCGCCGGUUUACCUCCAGGUUAAGUAGUCCUGAACGCAGCGUCUACCUGCGGCGUGGUAACCGAAUGAUGUCGAAGUGCAGUCCGGGAACCCAGGGUGAGACUUCUGGGACCGGGACUGCGUCUACUGGGCCUGGGCCUGGGACUGCUGGGGCCGGAACUGGGACUGCGUCUGCUAGGAUUGCGUCUGCUGGGACCGGGACUGCGGCUGCAAAAACCGGGACGACGAAGGCCAGCACUGGGACUUCGGCUUUUACUGGGACUUCGGCUGUAACUGGGACUUCGGCUAAGACUGGUACUUCGGCUGUGAGUGGGACUUCGGUUUUGUCUUGGACUUCAACCGGGACUGGGACACAGUGCCAACCAUCAAGUUCAACCAAUGGACGAAGCAACAGAACAAGCUUGGGUCUCUCGCCACUAAGCUCCCUGCGCAGUCUGCGCUACGCCACGAAGUGCUUCACGCGGCGCUGUGGCGUGAGUCUCGUCGAGUUCGAGACCAGCAUUAAGCGUUUAAUGUCCUGCAAUGCUACCAUAGCAUCGGCUAACUUGUUCACUCCUUCACUAAUAUCCCUACUGAAGUAUUUAGCUCUAAACUUACGAGCUCCAUUUAUCCAGAGCAUUUCAAGCUCUCAGGAAGAUUACCUCUGGAUGUGUAUGAACCACUACCUCAACCCUGACAAUAUGGCGACCGGGGUUUAUUUCCGACCUGAGCUGUCGCAUUUCUUGUCCGAAAAAGAUUUUUUCCCGCCCGAGACCCGCAUGGAUCUGACCGCUGCUUGCCGGAUGCAUGGUGCCUACUCUGGGAACGUGUACCAGAUAAUAGGUACCAUCUUGUACAAAACUGGUAGAUUCGAUAGGUUGAAGGCACUGAACCCGGAUGGUCUUGUGUGGAGAGUGCUUCCUGAUGUGGGAAACAGGUCCAGGCGAGGUGGGGGGCAUGAUGGUGGGGGUAAUGCCCCCCUAACAUCCCCAUCUAAUUCUUACCCUCGGACUCGCCCUCUGGGGAGACCCAUCGUCGAAUGUGACACCCAAAAGCGGGCGCUUCUACAGACCAUGGAGGAGGACGCGGUGGCUAACGUCCUAGAGAGCGUGCCGUCCUGCCUCAACGCGGCGUUGUGGCCUCCCCAGGAUUCCGAAGGACGUGACAAAUGUCCUCAAGGAGUGCCACAGUGUGGUGCAACUGAGGCCACCCAAGACAAUAUCAAAAUUUCAAAUUCAGCGAACGGUUCCCGUUCUUCCGAUUUCUUCGACGAAAACCUUGCGAAGAAACGAAGCCUGGAGGUUGCAUGCCAUGUGCUCAAUGGUCGAGCUGCCUUCUGCAAGGUGGCGAUGGCACUGAGGGACAUCGAAGUUUGUCUUGGCAUCGCUUUUAAUAAUAAUCCUUCAGGUGCCAGUCUUUCAGACUUCAUGGCGCUGCGGAAGGCGGGGUUUGGUGACAAACCUUCCAUAUUUGAGGGCUCCCCAACUGCCCUCGAUGACCCGCCCUUGCACCAAUACCUGUGGGGGUGUUUCACGGGGACCUUUAAUUCCACGUCCUGUAAAGAAAAGGCUGCUGAAAUCGCAAUGCGGGCUACGUCCAACUUCCUACCAACCUUUGUUGAUGAUGAAAUGCGCCAGGGACUUGGCUUCUAUGAUGAUAUAAUGGGUCGGGACCUAGUAGCACCCCAGAACUAUCAUCCAGAACCAUUCUUUCGGUAUCUCCCAGAACCCCUCUUGAGGGGUUAUGCAGAACCCCUCUUGAGGGUUCAUCCCGAACCCCCCUUGAGGGGUUUUCCUGAGCCCCCCUCAGUAUCCACGGUGACAAGCCGACUUGACAUGGCGUCGGGUCAAUGGGUCCAACUCCACUCUUCAAAUCCCAGAAAUUCGAUGCAAUUUCCAGAUGUCCGCAGAUAUCCAGAAAUGGCACAGUCCAACCCCUGCACCGAUCCAGCUCCGAAUUUGCAGCAGAUUUGUUCGCGUUUCGUUGAUGUUGUGCCUGUGGAAUACGUAAAAAAUGUCCCUGAAUCUUCUGAUAUUGAAAUGGUAGUGCAUCAGGAUGACUCGGAUUCGAGCUACGAUGACGACGAGGAUUACGAUGCGAAGGCAUGGUAUCAGGAAAUAUUCGAGGGAGCUGAUUCUGACGAUGAAACAUCGUUAUGGUUACCUCAGAGUGAAGAUUAUGUCAGGGAAAUUAUCCCAUUACCGUUGAAUAGCGUACUGGAUGAUAUACAUGAGGAAGAUGAGUGCGAGUCCGACCUGUCUCCACUAGAGGAAGAGGAAAACAUGUCCGAAAUGUGUCCUGGUGGUAAUGGAGGUGUGGGAGGUGGUGCUUCACUAUUACCUGAAGAUACUGGUAUGUGUCUUGGUGGUAAUGACGCUGCGGGAGGUGGUGCUUCACUAUUACCUUCGCCCGAUCCUAGUCUACCAAACGGAGAUGCGACAGAACCUGUAGUUGACACCGACUUGUUUGUCUCCGAGAAACCUGCCACCAGUUACUUAGGUCGACGUUACAGGUUGGCAAGGGACCUGUUUGCCCACAGAAUCAAGUCACUGACUCAAGUUUUGUGCGGGUACGACACAAGUGAAGAGGUUGCCGCGGAGUUCGAUGUCGAAAUGUUCUGGUUUGAGCAAACGGAACCUGACAAGAAUUUCACGUGGGACGAAAACGAUAGCAGUACUUGGGGUAGUUAUACAACAGGUAGUAAACGUAGUGCAAGUAGCACUCUAGGUCGAGUAGGUGGAAGCUCGCAUCGAGUAGGAACUGAUAGUUUAAAUACAAAUAAACAAAAAUCUGCAUCAACCGAACCUGUUGGCAAGUCUGGGCCAAAUCUUGAAAGUCUGUCGCAGCGUGAAAAGUUGUCGGCCCAGUUCUCAUCUUGCAACGAGACCGGUAAACGUGAAAUGAUAUCUAAAAUUCUCUCUUCAGAACCUGUUUUCCACUCUCUUUUUCACGAAGCUCUUCAACAAGACACAAAUACGGACGAAAACCUCUUCACUCACGCUGAACAGAAAAUAAAUAGAGAAAGCUGUACUAUUGCAAGUGAUUUUUAUCAGGGACAUUUGCGCGGUAUACAUGAAAGCAUGUUGCUUGCAUUGCAGGAAUUGUCUGAUGAUGAAUUGCUGUCACCGGAACCUAUACAAUUGCCUGAGUUUGACUACCUAAAGACUGAUGACUUCCCUACUAGUGAAAGCGAGGUGCUAGGUACUAGUUACUACUCUGACCUGGUGCUAGUGCUACGCAACUACCACUCCUACUUCGGGGUGCUGUCUCAUCGCCUCGCUCAGAACAUCGCUAAAAGUAUGUAUGAAAUUCAGAAAAAGAUUUUCCAUAUUUUGGAGUGGGACAGUUUUGUCCUAGUGUGUCUCGGGGACCCUUUGUCUGUCUUAUCUUGGCUGGGGGCGGACCCUGAGGAGUGGUCAUUAAUCCCUGAGGAAUCUCAUUUGCCUGAAUUCCGGUAUCCGGCAUUUUUGGAACUAGAAAACCGAGAAAACGUUUUUUCUUGGACGAGUUUGUUGUCUGGUUCGAUGUUGAAGGCCUUUGAGAACUGGACCAGCGUUUGGCCGUGUGGGAUCAUCACUCGGUGUUUUUUCGACCAGGACUUUGUCCUCCUUUGCGUGGAUGAGUUCAACAAAGGUGUUUUGGACCACUUCGGGUUAGGGUUCGCGGAAGAAUACCUCUUCUCAUUGAUGGAGUUCCUUGGCAGUACGUACGCUGUGUACCAAAUCAUGAUUCAUCUCUUGAAUCCCAAAGAAAAUUUCUUAAGUGUUCCCAUGACCGAAGCGUUUUCAAAGACUCCUUCAUUUCACUUGGGAUACUACGGCUUUAUUAAAGCUCAUCUAGACCACAAGAAAGGUCUUCGCGCCCGGGAUAUGCAUGGGUCUGACCCUAUGGAAACUGGGACCCUUCCUCUAGACCACAGAAAAGGUCUUCGCGCCCGGGAAAUUCACGGGUCUGACCCUACGGAAACUGAAACCCUGGGUCUAAACCCCAGGAAAUGUGUUCGCGGCUCGGAAAUUCACGGGUCUGACCCUAUGGGAACUGGGACCCUGGGUCUAGACGAAGAUAUGUACGGGGACCAAAGCUCGGUCUGCAGGGCCCAUGCAGACGCCCUUGCGUACCUGACGGGGACCAGGGUUAGUCUGCCGCUGCUGCAGUCUGUGCUGCAGGAGCUGGCAGACUACGCGGCGCUGGUGCACGCGUGGAGCGUCGUGCAGCAGGUCGUGGCCCAGGCCCGCUGCCCGCACCUGCUCGUGUAUGAGGACUCCAACGUCGCUAAGAUCUGCGGUGACUUCAACGGGUGCCUCGACCUGAACCGGAUGCCGGAGCUGAACCUGAGCCCGCCGGUUCACCGGAACCCGGAGGUUCAGCUGAGACCGGGUGUUCAAGUGAACCAGAGGGUUCACCUGAACCCGGAGGUUCGUAUGAACCAAGCCCUGUGUGAGCUGCUGGUGUAUAGACCAGUCCCCCCUGCUAGGGGUUGUUUCGACCCCCCAGCUAGGGGGUGUUUCGACCCCCCUGCUAGGGUUUUGUCCCGCUGGGUCCCUGUCCCUCCCCAGUACAGCAUCACGGACAAGGAUUACUUCCCACUGUGGUAUCAUUACCAGGCGGUGGACGAAAACAACAACAACGUCAACGACGAUGAGCGUUGA